AGUUGACCAACCCAGUAGGGUCAAUACGGGACAUGAGAGCGUCACAUGAGGAUUUCUGUGUGAGAAAGUUUUUAUUUUCCCAUUCAGAUCCCACCUUGCCGGGUGAUUGUGCGUUUUUUCCGAAGUGAAAAUUCUCUACGUGGCACAAAGAACGGGAAAGAUUUGUUUUUCUACCUGAAACUUCAACAAGACUCAUACCUGGCCGUAGAAAUCUUCAAGGCCGGGAACGUGUCACCGGUGACACUGCUGACAGUGCUGGCCCAGCCAGAGAAAGGAUGACUACCAGACAUACUUGACUAAAACUUUUGGACAUAUUCCUCAAGUGAGGUUUCAAAUCUCCAGGACUCGGUGCUUAAAAGAGCAAAUCAUCAACAGAAAGAAAUGUCCGAACCUCAACCACGUGGCCAUGGGUACAGGAGUCUGCCCCGUGCUCGCCGCUUUACGUAUGGUGUUGGCCAUAUGCUGAAUGACCUCUGUGCUUCCAUGUGGUUCUCGUACCUCCUGGUCUACUUCCACAAGGUUGUCAACUUUUCUAACGUACUGGCUGGCCAGCUGCUCAUGGUGGGACAAGUCAGCGAUGCCCUGUGUACACCGUUUGUCGGAUACGAGUCAGACAGAACAAAAAGUGGUUGUGGGUAUGGAAGGAGGAAGAUCUGGCACCUCGUAGGUACAGUGUGUGUAGCAUGUAGUUUUCCCUUCAUCUUCAACCUGUGCAUCACCUGUUCAAAGUCUCCAGACUGGGCACAGUUCAUCUACUACGCACCGUUUGUAGUCAUCUUUCAGUUUGGCUGGGCGUCCACACAGAUCUCCCACCUGGCACUCAUUCCAGACUUGGCCAGCAGCCCCUCACUGCGAGUGGAACUCAAUGCUAUCAGGUAUGCGUUUACAGUACUUGCGAAUGUGGCAGUGUAUGCUAUAGCCUGGUUGCUCCUUGGUUUAGAGGACAGGUCCAACCAUCAUGACCUUUCACCUGAAGAUGCAGAUGAAUUUAGGAACCUUGCCUUUAUUGCCAUCGGUAUUGGGCUAUUAUUCUCCUUCAUCUUUCACAUGGGAACUAAGGAACCACUCCGGCCCAAUAGAGCAGAGAGUGUGACAGAGGAUGAACCUAUCAUUCAGGAGGAUGAAGAAAAUGAACUCAUUGUUAAGAAGAAAAUCAGGAGAAAAAAAAUGAGCUGGAAAUGUUGGCUAAAAGAGGUCCAGUUUUACCAGGUGGCUCUUCUAUACAUGUGCACAAGGUUGAUGGUGAACAUGUCACAAGUAUACAUGCCACUUUACCUCACGGACACUCUCAACUUGGACAAGGCUUACAUUGCAACCAUACCUCUGGUCACGUACUUGAGUGGCUUUUUGUCUUCCUUUGCCAUGAAGGCAGUCAACAAAGCAGUGGGAAGGAAGAUGACAUUUUUCCUGGGAGUGAUGUGUGUGCUGUUUGCCUGUGAUUGGAUGUGGGUGCCCAACAUCGGACUGCAAGUUUACGGAGCAGCUGUGCUGCUUGGUGUCGGGGGUUCCACUGUUCUGGUUACGUCCCUGUCCAUGACUGCUGAUCUUAUAGGCGAAAACCUGGAAAGUGGUGCUUUUGUGUAUGGAGCAAUGAGCUUUACUGACAAACUGUCCAACGGGCUGGCUGUCACUCUAGUACAAACACUACAUCCGUGCUCAGACGAGAAUACAAUGUGUAAGCAAGCACCAUGUGAUUCAACAGAAAGUGUGUGCUGUGAUGCCUGUCAGUCAUACUACCAGGAGGUUAUGGUGUUUGUGCCAGGAGGCGUGGGGUUACUUGCUCUAUUGGUAUUGGCAACCAUGAUCUUUAAACCCAUAGGCAUCAAAACAGAAGUCAUCACAGAACGUCAGCUGGACAACAGUGCAGAGCAUGUAGCAGUGGAUUAUGGUGCGGUUAACUCUACACAAGUGGAACAGGAACAACACUGAUGUCUCUCUUUUACCUGUAAUUUUUCAGGGAUUAAAGGUAUAAAUGCCAUCUUCUGGAGCUGAGUCUGUCAUGUAAUACAAAGACAUUCAUUUUGAAACAGAUUAAAAGGGCUAUAUUGUUUUAUUACUCAAGUGUUACUGGUUUAGAUAAAGUCUAUACAUGUAUAGGGAGAUUACUAUAUUGGAUAUAACUGGACAUUGAAAAAAUAUGUGUCACUGGCCUGUGAAAUGCCAGUUUUUGUGCAUUUCUAGUCUUGCUAGCCCACCAGGUCGGACCUGGUACAUGUAGAUGACCUAAAAAAAUCAGUGGACCAGAUUUUGGACUGAUCAGAAAAUGGACAGAUGAUAUCGGCAGGCAUCCGCAUGAAAAAAAGGUAGAGUCUGUUGUCAUUUCUACCAAAUUUCAGACAAACGCACAAUGAUAGUUAGCCUUGUUUCAUGAAUAUAUGAUUUUAGAAUGCCAGUGGGAAUCAGAUACUCCACCAGGCACAUUCAUUUGUGGUGAAAUGGACAAUCAAGACAUCUGUACUGAACUGUACCUGAAGUUUCUGUACCAGUACCCACCCCUAAUGGAGGCCAAUAGCGUAGAUACCUUCCAAACAAGGAAUAGCCAAUAGGAAAUGUUUUCUCAUGCCUGGAAGAAAGCAAUAAGAACCAAGUUAUCAAAGAAAUCUGAGUAUUGCACAAGUCAAACAGUAAUGGCAAUAAGAUUUCUCUAAUUGGAUCAGCUUUUAUAUGUCAGUCUUGUUAUGUAUGCUGCCUAGGUCAGCUUAGUGAAAUUUGUAGUACCUACAUAUGAUUACAUGUGCAAUUUUGCAAGGACAUUGCCAUAACCAUUUUG